AUGCUGAUUGCGAGGGUUCAGGCAAUUCAAAGACGUCCGGGCAGCUAUGAUUUCCUGUUAAUUGACGCCGGCUUCAGUGAUCUGAUGCGCCCAGCGCUAUACGGAAGCUACCACGAAAUCUCGAUUCUGAAUGCGGAUCAGAAUGGAGAAAUGAUUGAGUACGCCAUCGCCGGCCCGUUAUGUGAGUCCGGGGAUGUCUAUACGCAGGAAGAGGGCGGAGUGGUGACGACGAGAAGCCUUCCAGAAGCAAAGGUUGGCGAUCUCUUGAUAGUGCACACCACCGGUGCCUACGGUGCCUCGAUGUCGUCAAAUUACAACACAAGACCCCUAGCUGCGGAAGUACUCGUCGAAAACGAUGCGCCACGCCUGAUCCGACGUCGUCAAACCGUUGAGGAAUUGUUGAAAUUAGAGGUUUUU